AUGAAAAAUUCAAAACCAAAAUUUCAUUUGGUGGCACCUUGUAGCAUAUCUGGCAUGAAUAUUCUGGCAAGAACAAAUGCCACAUCGGUAAAAAGAUGUUCAGUUUUUGCAAAUUUAAAACAAGGAUUAGCUUUUAGUUUUCAACGUCCAGGAAAUCAAAUAAAUUCAACGGAAAAUUGUUUGGUAUACGAUUGUCCCGAAUCAGAAAUUUUACAAUCCAUAAAAAGAAAAAAAAAUAUCAAUUAUUAUAGUUUAUAUGCAGAUCCAUUACCAUUCGAAGACACCAUAUGUUUGGUGGGUGUUGGAAUAUUUAAAAUACACGAAAAUAAAACGAAUUACACGGAAGCUAAAAGGAUAUGCAAAGAAGAAAGUGGAGAAUUGACAUCCGUUUUAAGUUCGAAAAGAACAAAAGGACUUUCUAAAAUGUUAAAUUAUUUAAAAUUAGGUAAAUUAGCCUACGUCGGUUUGGAUGAUAUCGAACAAGAAGGAAAAUUCAAAACCAUUUCUGGACAAUUGGCUACCUGUUACGAAUAUAGAGCUUGGGAUUUGGGAGAACCGAAAAAUCGUAGGAAAGAAUAUGAUUGCGUCGCAUUGAAUAAAAAUAAUAAUUGGCAAGUUAUGGAUUGUUCUAGAAAAUUACCAUUCAUAUGUGAGAUAUUACCCAAGGGUCCAUUUCCCAUACAAGAUGAAAAAGUUAAAGAUUCUUGCCUAAUUGAUUUAUCAAAUCGUAAAUUAAUUAAAAAAAUAUCAGAUAAUAAAGAAUUUUAUAAAAAAUCAUUAUUUUUUUAUUGGAUUUCAAAUUAUUUUACCAUACAUUGA